UCAUCAGCACAAAGUUCAGUCACCAACUGAUGCAAGAAACAGCAGCGUUGUCACAGAGGUUUUUAGAGUUGAAAACGGAGUCGGGAGCAGCACAGGAUCCUAUUCAAACACCAUCAGGACUGCUGCUGGGGAGGUGUCCCUUUUUCUUUAACUGUCAAGGUCUUCUCAGAUGGAUUAUGCAAUGAAGUCCCUCACUCUCCUGACUCCUUCUGGCAUCUCCAAAUGUGUAACUGCCAGUGUCUCAGCCAGCGCCUCCAUGACCCAGCAGCUCCUGUCGGGACGGGUUUCUCGGCCGAAGCCCUUCAGAGUCACAAAUUCAGACCGCAGUGUGAAGAAGGGAAUUAUGGCGGACAUGCUGGAAGACCUGAUGAACAAGGUCAGCGACUCCUUCGACGUACAGUGCUUCAGCGCGUUGGUGCUGGAUGAAGACGGCACAUAUGUGGACACGGAAGAGUUUUUCCAGACGCUGCCUGAAAACGCUGUCCUCAUGGUCCUGGAGAAGGAGCAGAAGUGGACCCCACACCCUAGCAGCCCGUCCACAUACCAGCUCAAAAGGUGCCAGCAGCAGCAGCAGCUGCGGCAGCAGCACCGGACAGAUGUGGCCAAGCUGACCUUUGACCUCUACAAGAACAACCCCAAGGAUUUCAUUGGCUGCCUGAAUGUGAAGGCGACGCUGUACGGUGUUUACUCCGUGUCCUACGACCUGCGCUGCUACGCUGCCAAAAACAUGUUGAAGGAGGCUCUGCGAUGGACCAUCUUCUCCAUGCAGGCCACGGGCCACAUCCUGCUGGGCUCCUCUUGCUACAUCGAGCAGCUGCUGGAGGAGGCGGAGCGGGAUGAGAAGAGCCUGGCGCUGCCACAGGAAAGCAGGAUCAGGCAGCUGCAGAGUUUGCUGCUGGGAAAGAUCUCCCACUGAUGAUGGACUGACAGUGGCGGAGAGCACAUGCUGUCCACUCUUAGAUUUAGGUCACAGUGUCGCAGAUAAAACAUCUGGUCUUUGCCUGUUGGUGUCAGAGUUUCCAGUGUGACUUGGGAACAUGUCAGACGUUGCAAAGAGUCUCUUCUCACUGACACUUUAUUGUUUUUUUUUUUUUUUUUUUUUUGCUCUGUUACAUUUUUUUGCCUCAUACAGUAUGUACGCAGAAGCAAACACCACAAGUUAUUCCUCAAAAAGCACUUUUACUUACCACUGUAACAUUUUCCUAUGAUGAUAUAAUAAAUAAAAGUAGCACUUUU